UCGGCGGCAGAGGCGGAGAACGGAAGCGAGCUCAGAGCGAGGCAGGCCCGCCGAGUCGAGGGACGACGCCUUCGGACGGGUUAUUUUUUCGAAGCCGCGGGAAGGAAGGCAUCAGCGGGCCCGCCGGAAGGGGCAGCUCGGGGUGGAGUGCCUCCCCUUCUGCUCUGAACCGAGGAGGAGCCAUUUUGGUUUCCCCCAAGCGGGCGGAGGCAGAUCCGGGCCUAGCAGAAUCCCCCACCUUUUGGAACAGAUGCUUUUGAAGAAGAAACACAUUUGAAACUCUGAAAGCAGCGCUUAUAGUGCAGGAGAGUUGGUCGUUUAUUCAAUAUUUUCCCCCUUGGGGGCUAGGGGAACCCUCAAUACCAAUUGCAAGAUUAACGCCUGCAGUAGCAUUUCUGUGUUUCCCAGCUCUAGAAGCAAGGGGCAGAUAUGGAGAAGGGUUUAGAGGGCCCAGGGAAGAUCCCUCGCAUCGUCCAGGUGAUGUGCUUCAAUGGGGUUCCAAGGCAGGUAAGCCAACCACCCAGUGUAGCGUUACCCCAGCAGUGGGAUGCCCAGAUGCAAGAAUUCCUAAGGAGUGCUCAGACGGGAGACGGGAACCCUCCACUGAUGGACGCCGUGCCCUGGGAUGACGCCAAGGCUUUCCUGUCUGCCUUUGAGCAAGUCGCCGAAGUCUGCCAGUGGCCAAGAGAGGAGUGGGUGGGCCGGCUCUUGCCGGGACUGCGUGGAGGAGUGGAGCAGUUUUUUUGUAGGCUGAGUCCUCAGGAGCGGCAAGAUUACCAGAAGGUGAAGGCCACCCUCCUGCGCGCAGACACCUUCAGAAUGGAACGGAAGCGUCAGCAUUUCCGGCAGUGCACUUACCAAGAGCUAGAAGGGCCUCGACGGGUUUACAGCCAGCUCCAGGAGCUCUGCCGUCAGUGGCUGAAGCCGGAGAGACACUCUAAGGAGCAAAUUCUGGAGUUAAUCAUCCAGGAGCAACUCCUUGGCAUGCUGCCAUUGGAAGUCCGGCGCUUUGUGCAGGAUUGUGCCCCAGAAGACUGUGUUCAGACAGUGACGCUGGCAGAAACUUUCCUGUUGGCUCGUCAGCAGACAGCUCAGUCAUGGAACUGGCAGGUCCCUAUGCCAGGGACGAGCACAAAUACCAUGGUGGCUGUCGCACCUCCACUUCAGCGCUGUGCAGAAACCAGUCAGAAAGGCAAUGGGGAAACUAAUUUAACAGGCAAGGAGUUACAUCUGGUAACAGCCAACACAAUGCCCCCAGCAAGAAGCUCUGAUGGUGCACCCCCUCCACAAGUCCAGCAGGGAGCUGGAAUUGGGCUAAUGCAGGCCCCUCCACAAGUCCAGCAGGGAGCUGGAAUUGGGCUAAUUCAGGAGCCUGUGAAGGUGAAAGAAGAGCCUGAUCUUGAUUUGAGACCCUCCUGUAGUGAAUUUGUGCGCGAUGUCACCAGUGUUGGCAGCUCUAGCGCUGGUUCAGUCCUGACACAAGAAGGCUUCUUGGCUCCUGUGCCUCAGACCAUUGCGCAGCCUGUUCAGAAAGAACCCAUCUUUCCCCCAAACUCUGAAAAUGAGCAGUCAAUUCCCAACACCCCCUUGGGUAACAUAAUGCUGACUGGGAUCAAAACAGAGGAUAAUCAGGAUUCAGGGUCAGAUACCGACGUCUCAUUUGAAUUCCCAUUCCCGGAAGACAGUUCCUGGAGUCAUGAUAAGGACCAGGGUAGUGAGAAGAACCAGGGUAGUUCUGAAACAAACCCACCUCCUCAGGUGCCACAGGAAGAAACGUCCUCUCAAAUUCAGCGGAAGAAGAAUGGCCGUUGCUACCCACCCGAGAAAAAGCACCUAUGCUCCGAAUGUGGGCACGCGUGCUAUUACUUAUCUGACCUGCUGAGGCACAUGAAGAAGCAUUCAAAUGAGCUAUACAAGUGCUCUCAAUGUGGGAAGGGAUUCAAAGCGAAAGCCACUUUGACGGCUCAUCAGAAAACUCAUGUGGCACCGGACAACUCCAGCGGUACCAAUCCGGCAGAGGACCAAACUGAGGGCGGAUACAUAUGUUGUGAAUGUGGGAUCAGCAAAGCGACCGAGUUAGGCCUCACCGAACACAUGAAGGUCCACACAUCCGAUAAGCACUUCCAGUGUGAUAUAUGUGGCGAGGUCUUCAAAUUGAAGACCACUCUCAUGAAGCACCAGAUGACUCACAACAACGUGAAGCGUGUAGUCACGCUGAAAGGUGGGAAUGAACCUCCUGUCCGGCAAGGAGUCAAAACCCUCAGGGUUGUGCUGACAAAACUUGGCUCUCGGACUGGGAAGCAGCACAAGUGCAACGAGUGUGGGUAUGGUUUUGAUAAUGCUACUCAUCUCGCGAAUCACAUGAGAUCCCAUACAAGACAGAGACCCUACAAAUGCCAGGACUGUGGGAGAAGCUUCCGAUGGCUAUCAAGCCUUCAGCAGCACAGUGAAGUCAUUUGCCCCAAGCGGACUGUCCCCAGUGCUUCUUUUGGAGGGCGUCAGGAGACCCAAACAGUCCAGGAGAAGAUAAAAGAAGAACCUUUCUUAAAUCGGGAUAUCAAAUUGGAAGAUGAGGAGUUAGUUGAUGAAGCUGCUGCUGCUACUACUGCUGCUGCUGCUGCUAGAGGAUCCAUGGGUCAUCCGGCAGGAAUGUCAGCCUUGAUGGGGCACCGUCAGCAGACCCCCAUGCCUCUGCAGCAGGCGGCUCCUGUCUCCGUUGCUGAAUGUGACGUCACACUUACCGACGAAGAGGAGUUAAUCAACCUCCUCCAACAAGGAGGUUCCAAACAAUCCCAUCUGGCAGGAAAAGCCAAAACUGGCCGGCCUCCCAAAAACCAGGAGCUUCCGAAGACCAGCAGAUACGAAAAGCUCGAGAAAAAAUACCAGUGUCCCGACUGUGACUAUCGGGCUUAUUAUCUCUCCGAACUGGAGAGACACCAGAAUCGACACAAGUAUAACACUCCCUACAGAUGCCAGACCUGUGGCAAAACCUUCUUGAAGAAGUCAGCCCUCAACACCCACUACAAAAAAAUCCCGUUGUGUCGAGAAAAUGCUGCAAAGAGAAUCCCAAUAGGCCCAGGAGAUAAAAAACACACCUGUCCCAAGUGCGGACAUAAGACCUACAAAUUAUCGACCCUUCUCGUCCAUAUGAGAACCCACGGGGGCGAGAAUCCAUACAGAUGCCAGCAGUGCGGACAGACCUUCAACUUCCACACAGAUCUCAUGAGGCAUGAGGCACUCGCACACAAGUUGGAAAGCAGCCCCAGCAGCAGAAAACCAUCUAUCUUCCAACAUAUGAAGACACAUCAAGACAACACAAACCCAACACAAGUGGGUGAAGAGAAUCUACUGCCAAAUGAACCAAACAACACCCUGGUCAUCCAGCAGGACGCUCCCGUCAUAGCGAUGAUCCGGGAGCGAUGGUGUUAUGACAGGCCAGAGCAGCAGCUACAGGAGGAGGAAGAUGAGGAGGACCCAGACCCAGUGGAAAGAAGCGAAGAGGCCACGGUAGAAACCAAGGAGGAUGUCGCCGAGAAGAAAGCAGUCUUCCGGGCCAUUCUGGGGAAGUUUGCCUAUUGCAAAACCACGGAGUCAGAUCAGACGGGGUCUUCGACCGACACGGCAGCCUCAGCAGAACCGAAGCCAUCCUACAAAUGCCUCAUAUGUGGCCAAGCCUUUGAGAUGAAAAUCGACCUCACUCUCCACGAGAAUACCCAUGCGGUGCCCACACCCGUUGAGAGCAGAGAGCACCAGCCGGAUUUUACUUUGUGGAGCAAGAACUUGCUGAAGUAUCACCUGGGCCAGGCCAGGCCGAAGCCGCACCCUUGCUGCGAUUGCGGGAAGGAGUUCUACUGCAGAGACAACUUGGUGAUCCACCUCAAAACGCACGGCUUCGAGAACAUCUACGAGUGUGGCGAGUGCGAUGAGGUUUUUGUUCAGCAGGAUGAGCUGAUGAGGCAUAAGAGGAGCCACGCAGAGCAACAGUGCUAGGGAGCCAAGGAGAGACGAAAGGGAAAGAGAGGACCAGGCAGAACCUUUGGGGCAGCUCCGUUGUGGUGCAUGGCUCACCUUUCCAUGUCCUUUUUAUUUACACACGAUCACUGACUGUAUUUUGAGUAAAGGCCCGCUUCCCUACCUUCAUACACUUCUUCGGCGCUAUUUGUACAUUUAUUCUAAGUGAUUCCCAAGACUUUGGGGCUGCUGCCAAACCGAGGGACACCCAAUUGCUGCACUACAUGGCAUUGCCUCUUGAACCAAGGGCUGCUGGUGGUUCCUCCCUCUACCUCAUGGGGGGCUUCAUCUGUUGGUGGUUCCACCUCAAAGCCCUCUUUGAAGGCAGAAGAACCAAGCAAGCUUCAGGGAGAAGGGCCAUUUGGUGACUGUACCACAACCCCCUGUUUGAUUAGUAAAUCCAAUUUUCUUGUGUUUUGUUAUGCUUUUGUGAUGUUGGAAAUCCCAUUGUCUUGUGUUUUGUUUUACUGUUUGGAAUGUCCCCAAACAUACUUUAGCUCUUCGACAUCACCCUCGUGCUUUGGAAGGGAUUGCUUCAUUUCUUUUAACUGAGAUAUACCAGGCAACCACAACUGAGGAUUUAAAGACAGUUCAUUGUAUAUUUUUUCUUCCCUGCCCUUUUUCCCCCAUCUUGUGGGGAAACGCUUCUUUCUCUCCCAACUUUGUCUGCCUCCCUCCCUCUAUUUCUUUGCUUUUGCCUCAAGUUUAUUUUGUUUUUCACAUUGAACAUAGGGCUUCUAGGGAUGGUUGGGUAUUGUUUUUUAAUUAUUGCAUUUUAAUAGGCUUGGCGUCAUAAGGAGAUGAAAUGUUUUAUUAAUUGGAUUAAACGUUUACAUAGUUCAGCAUCCUCUCUCUCACAGCUUUGGGUAACCCCACAAGUAAGAUUUAAAGACCGCCAUCCUUGCCUUCGGUUCUUCCGCUCUCCACCAGCAAACAAUAUUUGACAUAUACUGCAUUGGAAUACAGAGGUUCAGUUUCACUUACAGCUCUCGGUCCUUUGGUAACUGGUUUCUUAAACAUUCAGGUGUGGCAGGCAGCUUAAGUGGUAGGAAAGCUCUUGUUUAACUUGUGCAGAACUUGGAAAAUUCCUCUUUCGGGGAUUACGAGCCCUGGAGUUUCCCAUCCAGCAUUACACUACUAGGCAUACUGGCUCAGGUGUUCUGGGAUUUGUAGUCCAACCCCAACCCCCAGUUCUGCUUUUAUAUCUUGAUACUGUUGAAUGCAUGAGUGCAGGGCCCAGAGUUAAGGUGGUGGUCUUACCAUGCAAACCCUUGUAUAGGUCUGUUGAAAAUGUAAGUUCCCCUGAGUUCAGCAAAACUUGUUCAAAGUAUGUUGUAGCAAUAUAAAUCCCUAUAUUCCCAAAGGGGUGGGUGGGGAAAAAAGGUCUUAUGUCGAUAUUAGAGCAAACAGUUAAAAGAAUAAAAUUAAUUUAGAGCUCCCAGGUUAUGUUGCUUGUACAAAUUGUGAUGGGGUUGAAUCAAUUUGUUGAUAUGAUUCUCGCUAAUAAAGGUUUUUACAACUUUGA